UGGGGCAACGGUCCCUCACAAUGGGGCUCAGUGAGACCCCUGGGUCCUGGCCCUUCCUCCAGGUUGCUAAGGGGAAAGACUCCCUAGCAACAAACUUUCUUCUUGGCCACCUGAGGCCUCCUCUGCAGACACAGGGUGGGGUCGGAAUCCACCGGUUCUUCUACCCAUGGAGCUGUGAGGGUGAUGUGUGGGACCGGGAGAGCUGUGGGGGUCAGGCGGCCAUCGAGAGCCCCAACCUCUGCCUGCGCCUGCGCUGCUGCUACCGAGAUGGGGUCUGCUACCACCAGCGGCCGGAUGAAAACAUGCGCAAGAAGCACAUGUGGGCUCUGGGAUGGACCUGUGGAGGCCUCGUCCUCAUGAUCUGCUGCAUCUGCCUCUUCUGGUGGGCCCACCGCAAGGACAUGCUGCACCUCCCAAGCUUCCUGAAGGGCAAGUGCGACCUGUCCAGGACAGUGUCCCUGCUGUCCAAGGAUCAGGGAAGCGAGAAGACGCCUUCCGUCAGCCAAGCCCCCGCGACCACGGAGCCAGGAACCUCGGGGAGCGUCGAAGGGGAGGAAACGGAGGGUGGGGAGACAGACGAAUAGGGACCCCUCGGGGGACCCCUCAAUACAGACGUAGCACACA